CUCGCAAUUUCCUUGUGCACUUCAUUCGUCCACAAAGUAUGCGAUCGUCAUACAGAACUUGUUUUCCUUCCGUGAUUUUUCUGCGAAAACAGGCAUCUCCCAGUGAUUUUUCCCAGUAAUUCGCGCACCCCCGAGUGGCCCUUUAAAUCUUUUCUGACCCAAGUAUGUGUCUUUAAGUGAGAAUAGUGUGGGAAAAGUGAAAAAAAAGUGGUAGAAGAAAAUAUUGCAAUAUCAAGUACAAAGUCCACCUUCAAUGAUUUUUUCUCGCCUUUUUAUCGCUGUGAGAAUAGUGCUAAAUAUUGUGAAUUAAUUACUGCACGACAGGGUUAAUCGUGUACAGAUUUGUGAGAGUGUGUGCUGGAGUCCUUCCAACCAGAAUGGCUACGAUUCAAGAGAGAUUUACUGCGGCUGUUAACGUUAUCAGAGGAUUACCUAAGAAUGGAUCCUACCAGCCAAGUAAUGAUAUGAUGCUAAAAUUUUAUUCAUACUACAAACAAGCUACACUAGGACCCUGCACACAGAGUAAACCAGCAUUUUGGGACGUAGUUAAUAGAGCGAAAUGGCAGGCGUGGAAGCAUUUGGGAGAAAUGACACGAGAAAGGGCCAUGGAGAAUUACGUUGAUGAACUGAAAAAGAUUAUUGAGACAAUGUCCUACACAGACAAUGUAGCCCAAUUCAUGGGAAGCAUCAGUGAGCUGGAUGGUGUAAAUGUGGAUGAUCUUGAAGCUGUAGCACCAGAUGCUAUUAAAAAAGUUCGUUCCCAUCCGAAUUCACCAUUCGCUUCACGAGAGGCUAGUCCAGUUCGUGCUCCUACAAAUGGUAUAGCAUCAUCAAGUGGAUACCAAAUGCCUCAGUUGACGAAUGGUAAUGGUUACCUGAUGAAUGGCAAUCACGAUCCAUCCACCGUCUAUCAGAAUGGUCAUCUGACUGAACAGUCGGAUGAUGAAUAUAUUGAUACAGUUGAGGAUGAACCAGAGACAUUGAGUGCUAGGUCAAUAUCUAGUGUCUCUUCCUCACAACAUGUAUCCCGAUCAAAGGUGAGGAGUGAUUCUGGUUCUGUGAGAAGGACGGUUGCACAGUUGAAUGGGGGGAAUGGAGCGAAUGAGGACCUUACUGAAGUUUUGAAUCUUCUGAAUGCAACUGUUGAUCGGAUGAGUGUGGAUCUGCAACAAGUGACAAAUAGGAUCAACAUCAUGGAAAGAUCCCUCCUUGAAGUCCGUUACAUGCACGCAUCAAGGAUUCGACAGUAUCCCAGUUGGUGGCCAUUUGAAGACAUUUCUCCAAAUUGGUUCUUCUUCCUUAUUUUCUGGCCAAUUGUGGCUCAAAAAUUGAUGCAGAUCAUCAAUGCAAGACGUAAAUGAUGUGUGGAUUAGUUGCUGUGACAAAUAUAUAUUUUACAUUGACACAAUAGAAGGGAAUAAGGACUAAGUAAAUGAAAGGGAUACAUAAGUAGAAGAAUUUCUAAGAGAAUUUCUUUUUUAUGUUUUUUUUUUAUGUCAGAAAAAUGUGAUUUGAUUUUUAUAUGUUUUUUUUUCAAAUGUUUUUUUUCUGUUUUUUUGGUGCAAGGCUUUAGCAAUUUUACUUACAAAAUUCUUUAAAACUAUUUUGACUAUCCCCAAUAGUUGUGCAAAAUGUAUAUUUUUGUAGACAAUGUAAAUUGUUUGAUUUAUAAGUUUAACAAUUUAUUAAAAAGAAGACGAUAGAACACCAGUAAUUAUCAUUCUUUAACAGAAUAAUAAAAAAAAGAAUUAUUUUGAUAUUAUUUACAGGGUUUACUUGAGUAGUUUUGUUCUAAUCAACAUUAAGGGUAACAUAUUCAUAAAUUUGAUUACCUUUGGAAUUUAUAAUUCCAAUGAAAAGAAUAAAGGGAAAAAAGAUAACAAAUAAAUUUUCCACGUUAGUUUAGUAUAGUUAUUUUGUAGUUAAAGUAGAUUGAGAAUUUAGUAAAUUUCAUUAAUUUUCAUUUUACUUUUUCUUUUAAUACACAAAUGUGACCAUACUUUUUCCAGUUUUUUUUGUAAAAAAAAAGUAAUUUAUAGUUAUUUCUUCUCUUGGUAUCUUGUGUAUAAAAUAAAUGAAUUGUGGGAGUAUUUAAAUAAAAUAGCUAUGUGAAUAA